CGAGCCUCUCUCAUGAAGAGGGUUCUGCCAACACAGUCUGCAUGCUGGUCCUUGACUCGGACCGUAAAGGGUAACCGGUUUUCCCGGAAUGCUCGGAAACCCAGUUGUAGCUGCUCUCCAGAUUUGGUAACAGGUACAAGGUUUCCAGCAAACUCCACAUAUUGUGUUUUACCCUCUAGCACCUCAACAUCUCUACUCUUGGCUACUUCUGUAAAAUGUUCUUGGUGCUCCAAAGUCUUGUCUUCUUUGUCAUCAGUCAUGCAGAAUAUUCUCAGUCGCGCCUCCAGGGGGUCAACCCUCUUGGCAAACACUACAAAUUUGGCCAUGAAAGGAACAUGUAUUGCUUCCCGAUAGAGCUCGGUAGCCAUCUUAGUGGCGUCUCCCACAUUGCGGCAGUCCAUGAGCCAGAACCUCGCCGACACGGUGGUGGUGAAAGAAACGCAGUCGUUAACGAAGGUAAAAGGUGUAGAACCUGUGACAUCCUCCCACUGCGCCCUCGUCGUACCCCCUGCACAGCCCAGCAUUCCAGUCAGCUACCACCUGCUCACUUAGCAUGCUUAUAGACAAAGAACUUAGUGAUCACUCUCUACUUUCUUAUGCUAACUCUCUUCAUAAAAUUAAAUGAUAAGAAAUCAGAUGAAAAACAGAAAAACUAAGUUAA